AGCAUUUAUCAAUUCUAAGUGUCACACAAUUUCAAGAUGAUUCAUUCCAAAAUUGAUUCGGCAGUGGUGGUAGGAGUGGUGUUGUGUUGCUUCAUCAUCAAUGCUAGUGCCUUCACUGCCUCCGGUUGGACGUCGGCCCACGCCACGUUCUACGGUGGCGCCGACGCCUCGGGAACCAUGGGAGGUGCGUGUGGGUACGGGAACUUGUACUCGACCGGGUACGGGACGAGGACAGCGGCGUUGAGCACGGCGCUGUUCAACGACGGGGCGUCGUGUGGGCAAUGCUACAAGAUAAUGUGUGACUACAAUGCGGAUCCUCAGUGGUGCAAAAAGGGGGUGUCAGUGACCGUCACUGCCACCAACUUCUGCCCGCCCAACUUCGAUCUCCCGAGCGACAACGGUGGGUGGUGCAACCCACCGCGCCAGCACUUUGACAUGGCGCAGCCGGCUUGGGAAAAGAUCGGGAUAUAUAGGGGCGGGAUUGUCCCCGUCAUUUACCAGAGGGUUCCAUGCAAGAAGCACGGUGGGGUUCGGUUCACGAUCAAUGGCCGAGACUACUUCGAGCUAGUGAUGAUCAGCAAUGUCGCCAACGCCGGUUCAGUACAAUCGGUCCAAAUUAAAGGCAGCAACACAGGGUGGAUGUCCAUGUCAAGAAAUUGGGGUGCAAAUUGGCAAUCAAACUCAAAAUUAAAUGGACAGUCAAUCUCAUUCAAGGUCACAACAAGUGAUGGAAUCACCAAGAUUUUCAACAACAUUGUGCCCUCUAAUUGGGCUUUUGGUCAGACGUUUUCAAGCCCAACCCAAUUCUAGGCCCAUUAGUACAUUCGCUCAAUGCAUUUUGGGCUUUGCUACUCUUAAAAAGGCCGUGGCGUGCUUUUAUACAAAAAAGCAGCCCGCUAAAGGAAUUGAUAUGCAUUUUGGUAAUGGUGAUUGAGAGGAAUGGCAAAUUUUAUAUUUUUGAAACAUAAAUUAUUGGUUUGUAAUUUAGUGUUUAGGCUAUAUAAUUUGAUGAAUAACUCUAAUAAAAGUGUUACUACUACUAUUUUUCA